UCCGUUUCUGAAACACUUCCCUAAAGAUGAACACGAGUCUGUCUGGAAUGCGUGAGUCCACUGCUCUGUGUUAUGAUUCUCUGAACAACUCGUGUCUUCGGACCAUAUACCCUCUCGCCCUGCGCCUUUCGCUCUACUUCCUCUUCACCACCAUCUUCAUCCUCACUGUGAGCGGAAACCUGUUAGUCGUCCUUGUCAUCUACAUCUCUCAGAAUCUCCUUCCAACUGCCACCAAUCAUCUUAUCCUGUCUCUGUCUUUGGCUGGGUUUCUGAUCGGAGGGUUCGUGAUGCCACACAGCAUGAUGCGUUCCGUCGAAUCCUGCUGAAUCCUGAUGACCAACAAAACCGGUGCAGCCAUGAUCAUUUCCAGUUGGGGCCUGGCGUUAGUGUUUGGCUUCGCUAUUGUCAUUUCAAAUCCACAAGUCAAGAUCAGGGGUGAUUUUUACAAAUCCUGUGUGGGGG